CCGUCUUUCCUUUUGCCUUUUCACAUUUUUCAACCAAAACAUGCAGUACCUCAAACGUCAAGGACUUGUGUCCGUGGCGUUUGGCCAACAUUCAAGGGGGGUGAGGACAAGAACACCCAUCAAGAUCGACCUUACCAAGGGAAAGAACAAAAAAAAGGGGGCUAUUGAUAUACAGGACAAAGAUCCAGGAGUACCUGUUUCAGACGGGAAAGUAGAAAGGUCGAGGUUUAGUAGAUUUUCAGGCACCUCUCCUUCUCAUUCUUUUACUUCCACUCCGUCAUCUUCUUCAAGAAACAAUGAGUAUUUGAACGAAGUAAUGCAGGAAAUGAAAUUCAAGAAGCCUCAAGAUAUCGUCAACGAGUUGACAGCACGCUUUAAACAAGACGGUGUGGAAGUUGACACGGAUUUUAUCAACCGAAUGGUGCAGGAGUCGGCAAAGGAGCAGGAGCUUGUAUCUGAAUACAUCAAAGAUCCCUCGAUGACGUUGUCCAAAGUGAGCGAGGAAGAAAUCAAUCGAUAUAUCGAUUGGCUUAUUGAAGACGGCAAGAGCCGGAUCAGCGAUCAGCACAGAGAUACAUAUAGAGAAAAAGUCGAAAUAAGGAAAAAGUUAGACGAAUUCAUGACCAGCGAUGAGAACGAAACCGGCUCUGAUCCGGAGGCGAUGACAAAGGCAUUUGCAAUGGCACAGGAAUUAUCAGUUAUGGAUUCAAAAUCUUCAUUGAACAAACUACCCCUUUUUUUGAAACAUCUGACUAAGAUGAGCAACGUCGAUUUACAAUCCUCGGUACCUCUCGAGAAGUAUGCCGCAUUGUAUGAACUAUCCACACAGAUUGUGGAUUCGGACAGACGUGAGCGAUGUAUCUAUCUUUGCGGCAAAUUAUUGUACCAGGCUCUCCGCAGAGAUUUGGGUCCUAGGGCAAGACCGGAUCCGGUUAAUGAGAAAUUUUUCAUUGAAAGUUGCAUUAGAUAUAAUGACCUUGAUCGGGCGUUUUUCUUGUACGACACAAGAAAGGAAAAAGACGUGAAGAACGAACGAUUUUGGUUUGAACUGGGUGUUUGCAUCCAUUUAAGCAGGUACUUUAACGAGUCCACUUCACUCCCCGACAAUGCAGGAGAAAACAAUAAAAAUGAGAAUCAGAUGGAGAAUGAAGAUUUAAGUAAAGCUAUAGAUUUGGUUCACGAUAUUAGAGAUCGGUGGGGCUAUGUGAACAAUUUAACGUUGAUUGAUGCUUUGAAAAAGUGUUGCAUGAAGGAAAAUUUCGAUGAUGCUUUCUGGUUUUGGGAAGAUAUUGAAAUCAACAUACAAAACUUGGGAAUCGUCAAAGAAAUAGUGGUUCCUGAGACCAGGCUCUAUGAUGAUAAGGACAGAGAACAAGUUUAUAAUUACUACAAUCGGACCGAGCCUAUCUCUUACGACGGCAUUCUUGAAUGUAUAUUUUCCUUUAUUGGAGGAUUGCAGUUUGAAAGAGGGGUCCAGAUGCUUAAAAAUGUCGUUGAAAUCGAUGAAGAAUUUAUCUACGAAUUUGUUAGGAGGUUUGGGGAACAAUUUAAAUAUUCUGGUAGAGAACUAUUUCUCAUAACUUUAGAGGAGAAUUCCAGGGUAAAUUAUCCAUCGUCACAUAAACUUUCCACAGAAAUACGAGAUUACUUGAUAGAAGAGAUCAGCACACUACAGAAAACGAGAUGCGUUUCUUACAAUGAGGCAAAAAUUGUUGAAGAUAUCAACAUCUAUCUUGAACGGUUAGCAAAGCUGAAAAGUAAGCAUUUAUCAAAAAUCAAUGAUUUGCAAGAGAUCAUUCAAAGUGGCGAGAAAUUAACGUCUUUUGACGUCAGGUCUCUGCUUGAGAUUUUACUUCAGCACAAGUCUGCUGCCUCCUUUCAGCUUGCAUGCAGGCUCAUAGGUCAAAUGAAUGAGCAUAAAUCCAAUGGUGUCGUGGACAGCAUUUUACCGGUUGCUAAUUCCUACGCUUACACCGAAUUUUGCAAAUUGUUCUUGAUACAAUCAAACCCAAGAGUGAAGGAGAUAAAUGACUUGUUGCAAAUGAUGGUUGAUUAUGAUAUCAAAAUGGAACAGGAACUAGCAAACAAGAUCAUUCUCUCUUUCAUUUCGAAGAAGUUGUACUCGGAAGCUAUCAAAUUUAUCGAAACAUAUGUUUUUUCUGAUAACCCAAUUGCCGUCAAUCAUAUCCGUUUGGGGAAACCGGGAACGAAAAAUUUAUGGACCACCUUAUUUUGUGCUUAUUAUAAGUCUGUCGUUUCAGGAACACUUACUGGUGAUUUGUUUAGCCUACGUUUGAAUUCUUUACGCUCGCUGAUGAAAAAGAUGAUGGAACAGGAGGUAGAUGAUAAUUUCACCAUACAGGAAGCUGUGGGAACAUUACUAGCCUAUGGUGAUUUUCCAGGAUCAAUCUGUUUGAUUCAAUGGUAUGGAAAAUUGGUUGGAGAAAAAAAUAUUAAGUUUGAUUUUGUUUUGGCAAUCAAAACAAAAUUUGAACUCUCUAUUUCUAAGGCCGAACGUUAUUUGAAGCACACCGGAAAAGCAGCUCAUCAAUACGAACAGAAAAUAAAACAAUACCGUCAUCACUUUGGAGUUCAGUCUCUACAUGACGACUUCAAAACGAGAAGGGACUUUUCAUGGCAAGAGGUUGCCAUGGUUUUGUACAAAUACGCGGAGUUAUUUUGCUACAAAUCGACCUAUACUAAGGAGGAUCCUUUCUCUUUGCUUCUUCCAGACUCCGAGCGCUACCACAAUAAAGCUGUAUUUGAAACAAAUCUUUCGGGGCUGCAAAGAUUUUACAACUUGCCGGAAUGGAAGCCGUAAAAAAUUUCCAUUUAUUAAAUGUAAGGACCUGUAUAUAAAAUUUAUAAGUAAUU